AUUAAUCAUCUGUGAAAGAUGAAUAAUUCAUAAAUUGGCGCGAACGAGCAUCUAUCUUCUCCUUUCGGGCCUUGACCCGAGUUCGACUUGCUACCUGUGUACAACGAUGAAUACAUAAUUAUUGGUUUAUUAUUAUGCCGUAAUACCGCCAAUAUGGUAUAAAUGUAUUAUAUUAUAUGAAUGUCCCCCCCCCAUCCAGUCCUUCAAAGUCGAGCAGCACUCCGACAUUGCAUAAUACAUAACAUAGACAACCUUGCGGCCCAACUGCAAUCAUUCGGUGUCUUCGGCUGUUGGUCACACUGUUGGCGUUAUCAUUAAUAACAAACACAAUCGUGAUAUCGGUGCAAUGUCCCAGAGGCGUGUAGUGUAUGGUAAUAGGUUUAAAAAUUGGUUUCGGCCAACCGUUGACGAGUCAUCGAGUAAACCGCUGCAGUCGGCGACAUGUCUCAAUUGAACUUGGACAAGAACAGACAGCAGAUUGUCGACACUUGGAAAGAUGUGGUCGACGACAAAACGCCGACCAACUGGGCCAUAUUUGGCUAUGAGGGUCAAACCAACAUCCUCAAAGUAAUAGGACGAGGCGAUGGCGGUGUAGAAGAAAUGAAAGAAGAUUUAAACAGUUCCAAGAUAAUGUAUGCUUUCUGUCGGGUAUUAGAUCCCAAAACUAGUCUGUUUAAAUGUGUUUUAAUCAAUUGGCAAGGAGAAGGAGCACCUAUUGUUCGUAAAGGGACGUGUGCAAAUCAUAUUCGUGAAGUAUCUAACAUUUUGAAAGGAGCGCACGUUACUAUAAACGCUCGCAAUGAUGAUGAAGUGGAUACAGAUAUAAUAUUAUCAAAAGUUUCGAAAACAACUUCAGUGUACUCGUUCAAAGAAAGACUCGACCAAUCUGGGCCACAGCCAAAAAUCGGUACGAGUUACAAAAGAGUACAACCAAAUUUGGAAAUUAAUUCUAGUGAAAGGGAUAAGUUUUGGGCGGCCGAAGAAGAAAAAGAAAAACAAAGACAAGAGGAGGAAAAACUUAAAAAAGAAUUACAACAAAAGACAAUCGAAGAAGAAAGGCUGUUUAGAGAAGAUGCCGAUAGAACGCGUAGAGAAUCGGAUGCGAUUGAAACUGAAAAAGAACAACCUAAAGUAGAUACAAUCGAAUAUGUGAAAACCGUUCCAGUAACUACCAUACCUAGUGCUGUUGUUGAAGAAGGUAUAUUAAAGGCGGAACCUGCUACUGUUGAAAUGACCCAGAAUGGGUUAGUAGAAGAAAAUAUUGAAGUUCAAAAUGGACACAACAAUACUGGUGAAGAUCUUGGUACCAGAGCCGAAGCACUCUACGACUAUCAAGCUGCUGAUGACACAGAAAUAUCGUUUGAUCCUGGUGAUAUAAUUUGUCACAUCGACCAAAUUGAUCAAGGCUGGUGGCAAGGUUUGGGACCCGAUGGUACUUUUGGUUUAUUCCCAGCCAACUAUGUUCAACUACUUCCAUGACUUCUCGCUACUUGGUGUAACUUCAUACCUCUUAUUGUGCUAAGUUAAUUAUUUUUAAAUAUUAUCUCAAAAUAUUAUAUGUUGAUUAUUGAUUUAUAUGCAUAAUGCAAUGUUUAAAAGUGUUUAAAUUAUUUAUAAACUAAUUGUUUUAGUUAACUGUUAAAAGAAUAAAAAAUGUAUUGUUAGUUAUUAUUAUUUAUAUAAGCAAUUUUUGUAUUUGUUUUAUUUUUUUAAUUUACUAUAAGUGUUUUACUCAAUAAAUAACUAAAAUUUGGUAUUAAUCCAAUAGUAGUUAUAAUAAUAAUAUUUCAAUUAGGUAAUUUUUCAGUUAUGUUCGUUAAUUUAAGACUAUAAUUUUAAAAUAUACAUAAAUAAACCAUGACUAAAAAAAUUGUAUUCUAUGAAAAAACUCUGU